UCAGCAGCUUAGCGCCGGCUGUUUCCAGGGAGUAAAGUCUGAAAAGUUUUCCUGAGAGAGACGACUGCUGAACAAACGGUGCAGAGAUGUCUCAGCUGUCUGUCCUGCUGCGGCUGACAGGCCUGUUCUUCAUGAUCUGCUCCACGUCUGGCUCAGAAUCCAGCGUGCCUUACCCGGUGACCUGUGUGACCCGCGGAGCCGACCUGGGGGAGGACGGCGAGGUGGUUCUGUGUCCUCCAGACUGCACACAGAGGAGUGUGUCGGUGUUCGGGACCGGGAUCUAUGCCUCCGUCUCUUCUGUCUGUGGAGCGGCCAUCCACGGGGGGGUUCUGGGUCCGUCCGGCGGCCCCGUCAGAGUUCAAAAGAUGCAGGGACGACACAACUACAUGGGCUCCUACUCCCACGGGAUCCAAUCACAGGCGCUGUCCCGCUGGAGCGCCUCCUUCAGCCUCAUCAAGCCUGUUAAUGUCCCUCUGGAGUUGACCAGUGAUACCAGUACCACAGCUCUGCCUGCAGCCGCACAACCAGCAAAGAAACCCCUGAAGAAACCGUCAGUGAAGAAAGCUCUGACAGGUGGAAAUAAAGACUGUCAGAUGGAUAUCGCCAUGGUGAUCGACAGCAGCAACAACAUCGGACAGCGGAGGUUCAACCUGCAGAAGAACUUUGUCGUCAAACUGGCCGCCAUGUUGAGAGUCGGAUCAACGGGACCGCAUAUAGGACUGAUCCAGGCCAGUGAUUCUCCGAGGACCGAGUUCUUACUGACUAACUACACUCAGCCUAAAGAGCUGCUGUUUGCCAUCAAGGAGCUGGCCUACUUGGGCGGAGACACCAACACAGGUAAAGCCAUCAUGCACACAGCGGAGACCUUCUUCAGCCAGGAGAAAGGCGGGCGGCGAGGUCACCCGCGGGUGAUGAUGGUGCUGAUUGACGGCUGGCCGUCUGACGACCUGGAGCAGGCGGCCAUGUUGGCCAGAGAGUCAGGCAUCAACGUCUUUCUGGUGUCUGUGGCCAAACCGGCGCCUGAGGAGCUCGCCAUGGUGCGAGACAAGGACUUUGUGAAGAAGGCGGUGUGUAAGGACAACGGUUUCUUCAGUUAUUUGAUCCCCAGCUGGUUCAGCACCACCAAACAUGUCAAACCUCUGGCUCAGAAGCUGUGCUCGCUGGACGCCCUGCUCUGCAGUAAAACCUGCUACAACUCUGUCAACAUCGGGUUCCUCAUCGACGGUUCUUCCAGCGUCGGAGAAGGAAACUUCCAGCUGGUCCUGGAGUUCCUGGCGGGAAUCGCCAGAAGCUUUGACAUCUCAGACAUCGGCGCUCACAUCGGUGCGGUGCAGUUCACCUAUGAUCAGAAGCUGGAGUUCGGCCUGUUUGAACACUCGAACAAAGAGGACUCCGUCAACGCCGUGAGAAGAAUCUCCUACAUGAGCGGAGGAACCGCUACCGGAGCCGCCAUCACCUACACCACCCAAAACCUGUUCAGGCGGACGGGACCGGGCCGCAACUUCCUCAUUGUGGUGACAGACGGCCAAUCAUACGAUGACGUCAGAGGCCCGGCGAUGGCUGCACAGAAACAAGGCAUCACCAUGUACUCGGUGGGCGUGGCCUGGGCACCUAUGGACGACCUCAGAGCGAUGUCAUCGGAGCCGAAAGACAGCCACACCUUCUUCACCCGAGAGUUCACCGGCCUCGCCGAGUUCAUCCCUGUGCUGGUCCGAGGCAUCUGCCGAGACUUCACAGAGAACAACUAAAACACACACACACACACACACACACACACACACACACACACACACACACACACACACACACACACACACACACACACACACACACACACACACACACACACUCACCACGUUUGUACUUCUAUACUUGUGAUGACAACCUUAAAGCUGCGGUAGGUGAUUUAUUUUUGCCGCCAUUGGGCAAAAAUGUCCAUAAUAACCAUUCAGCAUAUUGUAAUUCAAGUGUUCUGAGAGAAAUCUACAUCCCCGCUUGGCUCUGUUGUUUUCAGGCUUUAGAAAAUCUAGUUGAGGGGUUCUCCAAUUUAUUAGUUACUCAAAGGUUUUUUUAUGCAAUGUCUUUGGCUUUUAAGCAACAUACAUUCAAGUUGAGUUCUCUGUUUUCCCUGUCGACUUUUGAAGCUGAACCGGUAAAAAUGUGUCCAUCCGUACAGAUCAGGGAUCAGCUACAGUCUGCGUAAAAACCACUACUGUGUAUUCAACAACACUGACCCUUAAAGUGCCCAUAUUAUGAAAAAAACACUUUUUCUGGUGAUUUGGGGUGUUCUUUUGUGUCUCUGGUGCUUC